AUGGCUGCCGUGGAGUUCCCUGGUGCUGAAACGGAGGUCGGCUCCGAAGUGCUCGAAAGGCUCCUGAGCCACUACCAGCACAGGCUUCAUGGAACCAUCUGCGAGCGAGCAGAUGUGGCCCUGGACAAAGCCGAGACAGAGCAACGGAUCUCUGAGCUCGAAUCCAGGCUGGCUUUGCAGCAGAGCAUGCAUCUGGACCAAUUCCAGUUCACGGCGCCUGGCGUGCAGACGGAAGUCUUUCGGUCGAAGAAGCAGGUGCCUGAGCAGCUCAAAGUGGAUGCGAAAGCAUCCACCGCCGAUGGCGACUUUGGCUUCGCUCGGGAGGCAGACCUCUGA